AUGAUGAGACGUGAUGUCUCGUAUUACGACUUAAUCUUGAUGAUCGAAGAAGUUGGCUUUCAGGCAAUUGACUUUCUGUACUAUGCGAAAAAAUACCGUCUAGGCAGCUCCUACUUAGUUCACAUUUAUGAUGAAGGUCUUGUGAUGAAAAUGUUGUCCGACCCUGAGAUUGUGAAAGCUGUCCAUCUGUAUGUGUCUAAGGAGAAGGCUGACGAUCAUAUUGCUCCGCCUAGCAAGCAAAUUGAUGUUGCUCCAUCUAACCAUCCAAAUGAGAGUGUUCUCUUACAGGACGGUGGUGUCUCUGCUGAAGGGGCAGGGCAACUUACUAUGCAAGGGCCGCAAAGACCACCACGUAGGUCAAAAAGGUUGAAUGUGAUUCAGGUUACGGACCAACGUGAUGAUGAAGAUGGAGACUGCAACAAUGGUGAGCAAUUCCCACAAGGUCAUGAAUCACAAGCAUUGGUCGAUGAAGAGGGUCAAGUUCACAAUCAAGUAGACAAGGAAGUACGCAAGCGCAAGAGAACAAGCUUGCCAAUUGUCUGGAACAUGCCAAAGGGGCAGAGAAUAGUUGUGAAAUGCAAUGAAGAUAGCCAGCCUAUAGGAGAUGAAGGAUUUUGCCCACUAAACAUAAAUGAUUGGCGUCAUGUCAAAAAGAAUAGUGGUGAGGAAACAAUAUUGCAGUGCGUACAGACAAAGUUCGUGUAUCCUCGAUCAUGUGAAAAAUGGAUACUCAAAUCAAUUGGAAGAGACUGGAGGAAAUUUAAGUCUAGUUUGAAAGAUGCUUUCUUCAAACCCGCCAUCGAAAAAAAUCCAAACAUCAAGCGAAAGGCUUUGUAUAAGCUCUGUCCAGAAGAUGUGGAUAACGAUCAAUGGCGUGGGCUUGUUAAAUAUUGGAAGUCCAAAAAAGGAAGGGCCCUUGCUGAGAAGAACAUAAUUAGUCGUUCCCUCGUGAAGGAUUCACAUAAUGAUGGCACAAAGAGUUAUGCUUGUUGGGGUGAAGACAUGAGGCAAGCUGAUCCUGAAAAGAAACGACCACACAGAUCAAAGGUUUAUUUAGCAACUCACAAGAAGAAGGACGAUGCUGAUGCUAAAAAUAAAGAUAGAAAUAAGCGCCUGGAUCGAUUGGAGAAUCUAAUAACCGAACGACCAGAGUUGGCACAAAAUUUGAAUGGAAGAGUCGCAUGGGAAGGUGAUGCCCUGCAGGAAGUGUUAGGGAAAUAA